AUGGGACAGCUUCAAAAGGCGAUGCAAACGGUACUAAGUGCGCCGUUUUUCCACUACGAAGAGAAGGUCUACAACCAAUGUUUUGGCGUCCCAAUGGGCUCACCUUUAUCACCUGUAGUUGCAAAUAUCGUUAUGGAAAAACUGGAACAAGAAUGCAUGGCAAAACUACAUCACAAGAGAAUCUCGUUGACAACUUACAAACGAUACGUUGAUGACUGCUUCGUGAUAGGGAAAGAAGACGAAAUUGAUGCCGUUGUACGUGAAUUUAACACGAUGGAAAUGUCACUCAAAUUCACGGUGGAGAAGGAACAAUCCGGUUCACUGAGGUUUUUGGACAUAACACUAACAAGGACAGAAGCAAAAAUAACGAAAAUGUGGUUUCCGAAACACGAAAAAGGUCGGUACCUAGACUUCACAUUGGAAAGCCCAUAUACCCACAAGAAAAACUCUGCAAUCGCACUUUUCGACCGAGCAAUUGAACUGACGGACGUCGAGAGCAGAGUUAUAAGCAUACAAAAAGCUAAAUCGAUACUACUGCUGAACAACUACCCGACACAUUUCCUACAGCGAAUACUCGAACAACGAGUCCAUGCAGCGUACAAUACUCUCGAAAAUAGGCGGGAGACCAGAGAGAGAACUAAAUAUGUAUCGUUACCGUAUAUCCCAUGUCUGAGCGAGAAGGUGGGUAAAGUACUACGCAAACAUAACAUCAUCGCGUCACACAAACCUCGGGACCAUGUUAAGAACACUGUUUUCUCAAAACUUAAAGACAACAUAGCAAAAAUGCAAAAAACUAACUUGGUAUAUAGCGUACCAUGUGGAGCUUGUCCAGACGUGGGGCAAACUUCACAAACGCUGGAAAAGCGCCUCGCCCAACAUCGAUAUGACGUAUGGAGACAAACAACUACAACAGGCUUAGCGCAACACGCAAUAGAGAACGGACACGAGUUCGAUUUCUCCCGCACUCGAAUACUAGAGCAGAUUACCAGAGAGCAAAGCAGAAUAUCGGCGGAGGCUCUCCACAUUAAGCUGAGCGGGAACAGAUCAGUGAAUCUACAACGCGAUGCACUGGGGUUCUCCAAUACAUACAUUGGCAUGGUUAAAAAACUCAGAGAGGUGUACGAGAACAAAAAUCAACCUGCUGAUCGACAACGCGCGCAAAAUGAGAAUGGAUAG